AAACAGUGACGUUCCAAGAUGGCGGCUGUGGAGUAGUAUUUUGUCAGCCGAGUAAAGUAUUCACGGAAGAAAUGGGAAGAUUUAGGGGCAAUUUGGCCGCUGUCCUGGCCGUCAUCGUGCUCCUGUUGCCGGGGCACCUUACUGAAGAUGUUGGAAAAGCCUCUGCUUGCUGGAAGGAGCGUGAUGCUGCCAUAGCGACCGGCAUGAUCGGGAGUUUCAUCAAGCAGUGCCAGGAGGACGGGACCUUCAAGACGGAGCAGUGCUGGGCCUCCACCGGCUACUGCUACUGCGCACACCCGCUCAAUGGACUCAUCUAUGACAAGACGGCGCAGCGGGCGUGGGAGGGCCAGCGCAACGUGGACUGCAGCACGUACUGGAUGACACAGAAUGACGUGCAGUGUUCCAACCUGGCCUGCCGACUGGCCAGACGAGGGGAGUGCCAGGAAGACACCCAACAAUGCGGCCCCUGUCUGGAGGACUAUGUGGAGGAAGGAGGGCAAUGUAAAUAUCAGGAAAAGAGUAGAAAUGUUCCUCCAGGAGUCGAUGUGAUCACAGAAGACAGGCUCCUGAGUGGACAACAGACGACCGCUGGAAAAUACGAUGAAGGGAAUAACCAUGUUGAAGAGGUGAGAGGAGAGCAGACGACGACUCAGAGAGAGCAGCAGGGCUCCAGCCCUCAGUCCCAGCCCCAGAAAAACACUCCCCCAGCAGCUACCCAGUACGCACAUGGCAUCAAUGACAUCCUCUUUCUGGCCAUUGUGGUGGGUUGCAGUGUGCUGGGUGUGAUCGGACUGGGUAUUGCAGGAUACUGCUGGUGGAAAUUACAACAGAAUGUGAAGAUGGCAGCAGACCAGGACUACCCAGCAUACGGAGUGACAGGACCAAGUGCCAAGUCACAGAUGACGGCAGGAGACAAGAAGCUGGCUCAGAGUGCCCAGAUGUACCACUACCAGCACCAGAAACAGCAGAUGCUGGCCAUGGAAAAGAACCAUGGUGACAUGAAGCGUAACGACUCUGAUGAUGAAACAGAAGAGGAGACAGAAGAAGGAGACUACACAGUGUACGAGUGUCCUGGUCUGGCACCAACGGGAGAGAUGGAAGUGAAGAACCCACUGUUUGAUCAUGACUCCCAGCCACCCCCGGGGUCAGCCAAAUGAACUCUGACCUGCGACCUCAUGCCAAAGGACAACACAAUCAUCAUAUGAUGGUUACCUUAAGAAAAAAAGUUAAGGCUUAGUUUGUUAAACUUUUUGGUCAGUAUGUCCAUGUUCACAGGUACAAAAUAAAACAAUCUUUCAGACUUUUCCCCCAUAUUCCCAUACAUUAUUGAAAGCCUGUUAGUCUAAUGUUGCACAAAAGUGAUGACCACUUCUGUCACAUAAACUUAAAGACCUAAAGUUCAUGAUAAAUUUAUCACCUAACCACUCCAUUCUUGAGAAAGAUAGUACCUGUAGUAACUGAUGAUUCGUCUUUCGACCUGUGCUUUAUAGCAUGGAGCGUCGUUGUCUU